AUGCCCGGUCUCAUAGGCGCAUCAUCUCGCGGCACGGUCCGCUACAACGUCCUCGAUUUAUCUGUACGCCCUGAAGAUCGCGGACUCUUCUCUGGUCCGGCGCACAAGUACUCCGAAGACAUCGAAGUCGAUCUAUUCGAACCUGUCUCUUCUCCAGAAAUAGUGCAAGGCCCAGAGGGACUUGAUGUGCAAGGAUUCGCGUAUGUGAAACACCGAUCUGCGCUGGACGUGGACGAAUGGAUGAAUGGUGAGAACCCAGAAGAGACAUACGUGAAAGAGGUCGAGGAUCUUGUUGGGAAAGUGACAGGUGCUAAGAAGGUGGUUGUGAAUCACUUGGGGAUCAGGAAGAGGCUCGCGGAGAAGAAUGCGGACCCGUCGUUCUAUCGGAAAGCCGGAGAUAAGCACGAUGAGACAGUGAAGGAAAGGGCAAAAAAGGAGACGGCUUGGGUGACUGGGAAGACAGAUGCUGGUCUCGAACCUGCUCGGUUCGCGCAUGUGGACUACACGCUGGAAGGGCUCAAGCGUACUGCACGAUACUGCCGCAAGGACAUCAAAGCUGCAGCGCAGGAAGCUCUCGAUGCCGAAGAUGCAAACAAAGAUGCGAAGCGAUACGCUGCGUACUCUGUUUGGAGACCACUCAAGCCCGUGAAGCGGGACCCUCUCGCAGUUGCUGACUGGCGCACAACCGAGAAAGAUACUCUACAGCCCAUCGAGUAUAGAGCGACCAGCAAUGUGGUGGACAAGGGUGAAUAUAUGCUUGAGCAGUACACACAAACACCGGAGGCGAAGAAUACUGGACAAAAGUGGUACUGCAUGACCAAGCAAACGCCCGAAGAUGUCCUCAUCCUCAAGUUCGCAGACACUGCGUCCGAGAAGGAUCCGAAAAUCUCCCAAUAUUGCGCGCAUUGCUCACCGAUGCUGCCGAAUGUGGACAAUGAGGAGCCGAGAAUGAGCGUGGAGGCGAGAGUUAUCGCCUUCUGGUGAAGUUAUAAAAUUUAGCUAGCCGUGUUAAAGAUCAUAUUUUAAAGAUGUCGACCUCCUGAUAUGAGUCUUUGACCGUGACAUCCAGAGCGGGUUGAUGAUAUGUACGGACCUCCGUUAAGGUACAAAUAGCAUGCUCUAC